ACAGUGAAAAACAUCAGAUUUUUUCGGAGGUGAAAAAAUGCUGCAAGUUUUAGGUCGCUGAAAAACAUGAUAAUUUUGCGUGGCAGUGGCCGAUUAUCGAUAGCAAUAACUGCGACAGUGUUACUUUCAAAAUGAAUACCAAGUUCGACGUGAGUGAAUUUACGCGUCGGUUGAAGCGGACGUUCGACGGCAACAUUUCCUACCGGAAACUUUUUGCACUGCUCUUCGUGGUGGCCGUUUUCCUUCUGUACAUUGGACCGUCCUUCCUGCGGUGGCUGUUUGGCGGAAGCGAACCGGCUAAAGAUCACACCAUUCGGUGUAUGGAUGACCGGUUGACGCCCUUCUACUUGCAAAAUUUGGAGUACAAUGUCAACAUCCGUCAUCAGCCAAUCUUUCCGCAUGAACACGAUGCCAUUCCAUACGUGGGCAACGGGAUGUUCGGGUUGGAGAUCCAAGCGGAUGCAAAUCUGAAUAUUUUCCGUGGCAGAGCGUUACUUCAGCCGGUCAACUUUCAUCCGAUCGUUAGUGUCGCUGCUGGUGGAAUGGGAAUGCACCGGGAAGCGACCGUAGUGGAAUACCUAAGUGGAAUCGUGCACCGGUUCCAGUGCUUUUCUGAGGGAUAUUUUGUGUCCUAUCAGUACUAUGCCCACCGGACAAUGCCUUCGGUGCUGGUGCAGGAGAUACAGAUCACAAACACUAAAAAUCAACUGGUCGACGUGGAACUGGUGGUUCCGAGGAUCUCAGACUGGCCUACAGCCGUCACUAGGAGCGUAAAGCUCCAACAUGGUUCGACCAUCCUAGAGUACCAGGUGAUAACGGGAUUGGUGGACGUCAUCGCCACUUCCGUCGGCGAUAGAAGAAUCCGAGUGGUUUGCAUUGUGGCCCGUAAAAUGCCGCGGGUUUUGACAUUGAAGAAGCGUGGUACCACAAAGCUAGACUUGUUGCUGACUAUAAACUAUUCCGAUGCGAUUCCUAGAGACAAGUAUACGUCGUACAAAGAAAUGAUUGAGCAGCAGACGAUUGAUGCGAUGAAUAAGGCAUUGCAAGCUGCGGAACACGGGGAGCACAAUGCAUAUUAUGCCUUCAAGCGAGAUCACAUCAAGGUGUGGAACAGUCUGUGGGAGACUGGAUUUCAUAUCAGCACUUCCAAGGCGGAGAAUACGUUGAAUGGAAACGAUGUCAAUGCGACCAUGUAUGCUGUUAUCUCGCAGUCCAGGGCAUAUGAGUACGAAGUAUCCAGCACUGUGCAGAGUAAGCAAGAUAUUGAGAGGGCACUGACCUAUGCGGAAGGUUGCUACGACAGUUAUCAUACGUUACAAGCUGAAAACCUCUGGAGGAAGAUGAGUAACCUGGAAGAAUUGAAUAUCAUUGUGGCUUCUUGGAUGUUGACUCUAGAAAAGCAAGGCUGUCACAACCUCAUCAAGGCAGGUGCGAGUGGAAUCAUUCAAGCCAUGAUCCUCAGUUUCGGUGGUUUCCGCUUCAGCAAUCAGCACCUGGAGUUAAAUAUUCACCCAAAAUACCUUCAUAGAGAUUACGAUUUCCGUCGCCUAAAUUAUGGCAAUAUGACGCACGUGAAUGUUUCCAUUGCCGUUCGGGAUGAUAACAAAGCUGUCCUCUUUGUCGCAUUGGAUCGUUCCGAUCGAAACUAUUACGCUUGCGAUGCCGGUUGCCUGGAUCCUCCCGUUCAGCUCGGUCCAUCCAAAACGAUUUUCCCAGUGAAACUUACCGAACCCCUCACAUCGAUCCUCUACAUAACUUCGGACAAGAUGCACAUGGAGGAUUUGCGGCACGCGAUCCACGUGAAGGAGGUCGUCGAAGCGCCGGCUCACGAACAUCACGUCAUUGCACUGCACAAACAUGGCCACUCGCUUGGGGCACUUCCGACGCUAUUUUGGGUUUCGAUUUGCGUCAUCAUUGUCGUUUUCCAUGUGUUCCUCUGCAAGCUAAUAGUGAAGGAGUACUGCGAGCCCCCGGAUAAGAUGCGUUACCGAUACAGUAAACCAUGAGACGGUGGGCUGCUGUUGCUGCCGUAGAAGGGAUGUUCCGCCCGCACGCAAAAUUUGCCGUAGAGACUGUAUAUAAGAAGUGUUUUUUUCUUCUCGGUUUAACCAGUAGAAAUGGUUUGCAA